AUUAAAGACCUAAUUAAAUUCUGAAACGCUGCAUUAGUGGUUCUGCAGCCGCUCACCACAGAUUGAAAAGAAUUGUUGAUUUCAAAAUCAACCAACCUGCUACAGACUUUCACAACAAGUCUGCAAGCAACCCCUGCGUUCCCACAUGGAUAGAAGAUAUCCAACACGGUCAACGCGUACACACAAUACCCCUGAACAAGAGCCGCUUGAGCCGCAAUCACCACCUCAAACAGCUCAGAAAGUUCGAACCGAAAUGAAUACAGGACAUGGCACAAGUUCAAGGGGGGGAGAAGAUCUCCCCUCAACAGGACACUCUACGCCCACCCAAGAUAGCCCCGCCGAUGAGGUCGCCGAAAUGUUGGCUUGCUUCACUCAUCUACAAGAGGCAGGGUUCCCAGAAGCGGAUGCAGCAAAAAUCGCCCGCGAACAAUGGUUACAGAAGCAGGGAAUAAAUCCCAACCCCACCACGGCCGCGAACCCAGUCACCGGGACAGGUAAGUUCCGCGAAUUCAAGGACGAUUACAGCCAUGUUGAAAUGAAGAUUACCACAAAGCUCUCAGGGCCGAAAGACUACGACAUCUGGCGCCGUGAAAUCGAAUCAAAAGCGGUUUUGAUUGAUGCGUCCCACAUCCUUAUAUCUUCCAUCUCAUUGAGACUUGUAAAUCUAUAUACAGUCUUUACGCAGCAUUUCCAAUUUCUGAACGUCUCAUACGUCUGCCACCAUCUAACAAAACCUCUCGGAAACAUAUAUCUAUCUCAAAAGGAGUUUGAGAUACUCUACGUUAUGUCUCCAGGCACGGCAGAAAUCUCACCCCGCAACUUGUUUUUCACCGCAUAUGUAGGCUAA